CAUCUGAAAUAAAGUAGGCUUAGCGAAGGGAAAAAUUAUCUAGAACAAUAGUAAAAAAAAACUUGUGACACAAUACACGUAUCCGUAUGUGCGUAUGCGGGAAAGUCCCUGUGGUAUCACGUGACACCUUUCUUGGAAGGUGAAACAGGCGAGAAGGAAUGUGAAACCAUAGAAAGUUAAGGGUAAUUCCCUCGGUGUUGCGGGACAACGGAAGAUAAGUGCAGGCUUAUUUGUUACUCACUACCUAAAGAACACGAAAAUGCUAUGUUUUAAGAAACACCAAGAUUAUAUCUGCUAUUGACUUUCCUUUACACCACUAGCUGUUGCUUUCUUCAAUCCUAUUAAAAUAAACAUCUGAGCUAUAUAUUAGGCAAAUCAUAAAAUGCCAGAAACAGAGCCACAGAGGGCCAAUCUUCAUCAGCAAUUGGUUACAUCAACACAAUCAAGCACAACCACAGCAACCCCAUAUCGUCUGGGCUCAGCCGCAACAACCACCUAUGCUACAAUACCUCGAAAAGUUAUACCAAGCAUAUAUCAAGGAUAUACUUUUCCCAGAGAUCCUGACCCUGGGGGAACAAAACCAAAACCCAAGGUUUUAUACUCAAGUAUGACUAUGCCGUCACAUUAUCAGUCUUAUACUGCUGAAUAUGGACCUGCCUCUAUUCCAUUAUUAAGUGAUAUACCAGGUGAACCCGGAAGGGAACUUGCAUUUGUGGCAAUCACCACACCGGCUGUUAACUUAGAUGAAAACCUUAUGAUACUACAAGGUCUACGAACAGACUAUGAGCAGGAAUACUUUAUGCCAACUGACCAAACAAUGGAAGGAAGAGUGCAGAAAUGCCGUCAGAUAAUUGAUCUCUAUGUCCCUAUCAACGAGAAGUAUAAACAACUGGAUGUGGAGAAUUUACUGGAAAAAAAUAAUGUAAAAGAAAAGCUUAUCUACACAAUCCAAGCCCUGGCAAUUCUUGAGAAAUACGCAACAAAUCUCCUUAAACCUAUGAAACCUAUUAACUGGAGGACAGUAAAAUUUACAAGCAGCCUUGUUAGAACUUACCUGGAAAAUAUAGAAGGAAGCACUGACAUAUUGCGGCAAAUGGGAUACACUGCUAAUGUACAAGAUGGACUCUCGUUUCCUGAUAACAUCAUUGAACCCAAUGUAGAGAAAGUAAGAGAACUGGCCGCAGACCUGUAUCUCGCAAGAGUAGAGAUUGGGGACCUAGUAAAAGGCAAGCAUCCUUAUUUCGGUCUAAGAGAGCUGGAUGAUAAGGCAGCAAAUGCGAUAAUAAGCCCACAAGGAGAAGCCAAAGGUGAUGGAGUGAGGGUUGAUGGUGACACGAACCCGUUUGACAGGGUGGAUGACCAGAGUGGAGAAGAUGUUUCUGAUGGACCAAAGGCUACACAAAUUCAACGAGAGCAUGAAAGUCCUGACAGUGGAAGUGAUUACGAAGAUGCACUGGACAACAUUCCUCCAGGCUCCCCUCGGCCAUCCUCAGCACAGGAAGCCAAGCCUGACAAAGCAGCAGCCCCGUCUUCACCCUGCUUUAUCUGCGGUGAGGACAAGGUGGAAUUGACUUGUAAGGAUUGUGCUGAGGAUUUUUGUAGAUCUUGUGAUGGAGUCUUCCAUAGAAAUCCUGCACGGACCAGCCACACAAGGAUGAAACUGGGUGGUGGUGCAUCCAAGGGUGAGGCUACCAGGAAGCCAGAUGGUCCUCCAGCACCAGAAGAUCGUUUCAAAGGAAAGCGUCCUAUACCAACACCCAGGAAAAGAAGUGUCAAGGAACCUCCCAAUAAACCGUCUCCACAAUCUACUGCCAAUGCGCUGAUUGAGACAAGAAGUUUGUCCAACAUUCUGGCACCAAACAGGGCAGUCUUUUUCCCUCCCUCAUAUCAAACAAGUAGUCUGAACGAUGAAGAAGAGCACAUUUAUGUAUCUCCAAGGGCCUUCCUAGAUUCAGAAAACCCUCCACCACUUCCUCCCAAAACUACAAAAUCCAAACCAGUCCGCCGUCAGCUUUCCUGCCCAAACUGCCACUGUAUGAAUAUGGAGAAUUCCAAAGCCUGCAAAGUCUGCCAUCAACCACUAACUGAGCGUGAUACAUUCUUCCCAAAGGCAAACGAUGCAAAGGAGAAGCAGCCUGGAGUUCCACUGUCUUCAUAUUAUCCUUUUUCAGGGCCUGUAACAUAUGGUCUGCCUGUCCCACUAUCUAACUCCCAGACAAUCCCACAUCCUGCCUGGCAAGCAUCAGCUACAACAAGCAAGCAAGAAGUGAUGGCUGGUAAUUCCAUGGCUGCAGUGGCUGGUAAUUCCAUGGCUGCAGUGGCUGGUAAUUCCAUGGCUGCUGAGACUGGUAAUGUCAUGGCUGCAGUGGCUGGUAAUUCCAUGGCUGCAGUGGCUGGUAAUUCCAUGGCUGCUGAGACUGGUAAUGUCAUGGCUGCAGUGGCUGCUAAUGCCCUGUCUGCUGUCGGAUGUAUACCAUUCCCACAGAACAUAAUGACUACUUUGCCAACCCAAACUGGACAUAUGAGUGCAUCCUCUGAGAUUCCAGGAAUAAAGACAACACAGCAUACCAGUGUACCUAAAACCGUUAAAGAACAGUGGCAGUGCGAGUAUUGUACUUUUCUUAACUCUCUGACUGUAAAGAUCUGUGAUAUGUGCUUUAAGACGCGGACUGCCAAUGCUAAAGUGGUAAAGCCGGAGCAAGAUCCUGGCCCAUUGCCAGUAUACCAGGAAAGAAGUGUUGCUCUAACCACAAAACAACCAACUUUGAUGUCCCAACAACCCAAAAUGUAUCAACCACCUUUGAUAAUGCAACAACCGAAGAUGUCACAACCACCUUUGACACAACAGCCUUUAAUGUCCCAAGUGCAAGCCACUGCCACUCAGUCACCUGUAGUUACACCAUCAACAGCCACCAUGACCCCAACACCCAACAUGGGGCCGCCAAAAGGCUAUGACUCAUAUUUCCUCAGGCUUCAGCAUCAAGAAGAAGAAUACUUGGCAGGAGAGCGAGAAAAGGCAAAGCCAUCGAGUGAGUCUUCCCAUGGCAGUACUGCUCAAAGUGCCGCUGGGUUACAAGAUUUCAAAAUUCAUGACGCUGUUAGGUCUUCCUCAGGACCCCAGGGAUUGGUAUACCCCCAGCAGCCUAUAAGGACGGCUGCACAUCAGUCUAUGCCCUCGCAGAACUUGCCUACAGGAGAACUGGACCACGCCUCUCCGCCACCUGCUUACUCGCAAGUAAUUCAGCAUCGCGACAUGUACCCAGCAGUGUUUUCUCCAACUCUUCCUGCUAGUCGAUCCACAACUGUCACCCAGCAGUUAACUCCUCAAACCACUUACACCCAACGAACUGCACAAGGUCUACCCUCCUAUCCCACACUGCCCCCUCCUCCUCCUCCUCCUCCUCAGACCACGCCCUUCGGGUAUUCCUCCGCCUCGCACGAGACUCAAAACCCGAUAAGAACGGACUUAUGGCGCGAGCGGGAAGAGAUGUUAAUUGAGGGCAGACGUUACGUGGACCUGCUGAAGACGGCUGAGAUAAAUAACUUUCUCCCGGAAGAGCUAAACAUCGCCAUCACACUCAGCGAAGGAAUGGAGAUGGGGCCAAUCGAAUGGCUGAAGACCAAGUGGUUUGAUUUGAUUCACACGGUCAUGCUCAGGGUGACGGAAAAGUCAAAAUGUGCUGAUAUUGGUAACAUAAGUCCUGAGGAGGCGAGGCAGGCUCUCAUCGAGCACACGGGGGAUGUAGAACCCGCAGUCGAGUACUGCGUCACGCAGAGAGAAAAUAAGCUUACGAAGGUCAUGGAUUCAGGUAUUUAUGUGCGAACGGAUUGCAUCAAAGAACUAGACAAAAGCAAUGGAGACGUAGAUAGAGCGAUCCGAAGCCUGGAGCUUUUGACCCUCGCCCCCUUCCGCCAGCGCAUACUGGAGAGGUGCCGCCCCGUGGAGGGGGAGGGUGAGGCGGCACCAUGCCCUCCCUCUCGACAAGUCAGUGAGACAGAUGAAGAGAAGAUGUUUUGUGAGACCGUGUCUGACCGUGACCAAGACAUCGAGCGUCGAGUUCGCGUGAUGCUGGCUCAGAAGUCCAUGCUAUCCUGGGGUCGGGCGCUAACUGCCAUCAAACUGAUCGACGAGAACUUCGCUGUUGAAGAUUCCAUUAUAGCGGCUCAGGACAAUGGCGACCUGGAGCGGUCUAAAAAGUUCUUGCAACGAGAAUGCAUUGUGUGUAUGGACCUCAAGCCGGAAAACAGAAUGAUUACCAUGCUGAACUGCCAGUGCCGGUUUUGCAGUGACUGCGUUUCCCAGUACGUCAAACAGAUAAUCCAGGAGCAAAACAUCAUGCAUCUGGUCUGUCCGGCCUGUAGCGAACCCAAGAACCUUGAAGACGAUACCGUGGCGACGAAUUACUUCAAUCUUCUCGAUAUAUUGAUUCGACCGUUGGUGGAUAAUCCUACUCAUGAUCUUUUUCAACGAAAACUGAGAGACCGCACCCUGAUGAAAGAACCCAACUUCCGCUGGUGCUCGCAUUGCUCGUCCGGGUUUAUCAAUGAACGGCCAGGAAUCUUGAAGAUGCCGUGCCCUCAUUGCCAUAAAUACACAUGUUUCCAGUGCAAGAAACAGUGGGAGGACCAGCACGAGGGGAUAUCGUGUGAGCAGUUUGCUGCUUGGAAAGAAGCCAAUGACCCCGAGGCGCAAGCGACAGGACUUGCAGCACAUCUAAAACAGAAUGGCAUUGAGUGCCCGAACUGUAAGUUCCGCUAUGAUCUAGCCAAGGGCGGGUGUAUGCAUUUCAAGUGCGGUCAGUGUAGCCACGAGUACUGCAGCGGGUGCUACGGGCCCUUUAGACACGGAGCGCACUGUCCGGUCUCGCCCCAUUGUGCCAUGCGCGGUCUCCAUGCCCAUCACCCACGUGACUGUUUGUUCUACCUGCGAGACAGGGAUCCCGAGGAGUUACAGCAACUGCUGGCCGAAAAUAACGUGGCGUUCGACACUGUUCCACCACAGAGAACCCUGAGAGGGCAAGGGGAGGCGAACGCAGCCUUCGAACCAGACGAGGAGGAAGGCGCAGCUGCCGCCCCAGGCCACUGCCGCGUAAUGGAGCAGGCAGAGGCUGGGACCGAGGAUAAGGAGUGUGGGCGCCCAACGCCUGAUGGGUAUGCCGGGCUUUGUAGAAUGCAUUACAUCGAGUACCUCGUGGAACGAGUAAACGCAAAUUUAAUCGACCCAGUCUCCAUCAUGACCUCUGACCAGCUGAAGCUUGCACUUGAGAGAGAGGACCAGGCAGUGCCCCAGAAAAAGGAGACGGAGAACAACAAGAACUUCAGAGCGCGCCUUGUUCAGCUCGUCAAAACGCAAAUCCCAUUGCCAAGGAAACCACCCCGAAGACGAGUUCUUGAUAUCGAAGAAGAGCCCUUGCGCAUAGCCGCCAAUGAGCCACAACCCGCCGCUGACCCCUUACCACGUGACAGGCCACGCGGAUUUGUUUUUGAGGACGAUAUUGAUGAUGAUCAUAACCCUGUCUUUGAACGUCAGGAUUUAGGUCCCGUAUUUCACUUUGAUGAUGAUGAAUAUGAUGCUUAUGAUUAUGAUGAUGGUGAUGGUGAUUAUUAUGAUGAUUUGACCUGAUUUACCACAUCACGUGAUGUUUUAAUUAUUGAUUUCUGAGGGGUGAAUAGGUGGGUGGUUGGUGGGUGAAGGAUAUGGUAUAAUAUCGAAUUGUUCGAUGGUAGCCUUUAGGCUGAUUUAGACAGCAUGAUUUAGUCGUAUGUGACCUGCCCGCGACACCCCUACAACUCAAGUCGUAGAGUGUAAAUCAGCCUACGACUCCGCUACGAUGCUCGACUACUAAAGUCGUAGUGCGUAAUUCAGGGCUAAGACAUGUCGUAGGCAGGUCGCAUACUACUGAAUAGUGCUGUCUAACUCAGUCGUUUCGAUCCGACAGUUCUCAAAGUUCCAGUGUUCAAACAAGUUUCAAUUGUGUAUGUUGGAUCUGAAGGUUCCUAGUGUUUCCCUAAGUACAUUGGCAACGUGAAACUGGUGCUUUUUAAAACGAAAAAAAAAUAAUGCUUUAUAUAGAUUUUGGCAAGCACGUUAAAAGGUUUGCAUCAGCUAAGUUUGCAUUAACUACGCGUGUUUGCAGGCUAGUAUUGGCAACGCCAGUAGAAGAUUGCUAUGAUACAUUUGUGCGAUGGAAGGGUUUAGUAGAGUAACAUUGUAGUAGUUGUAUAUAAUUUUUGAUAGAUAACAGACUCAGCUUAAACCCUCCCUUGCAUGUAUGUGUUCUGAUUAUGAUAAAAUAAAUGCAAUCAUUUGUUUUGACACAAUUUAGCAAAACCUUGAUAGCAUAUAUGGCAUGUCGACAUGUAAUGUCUUCAAUUUUAAAUUAUAUCAAUUAAUUUUUAUAACAAAUUAUAUAUUUCAGUAGAAGAUGUGGCUGUAGCGUCCCGGAAAUUUCAUUAACGUUUGUGUGCUGUGCUGGUUCGUUGUCCUAAGAAACUCGCCUUUGUUCAAUUAAAAUAUAUAUAUUUUUUAAAUGAA